AGCAAUGUUUGCUAGUUAGCACGGUGCUAGGUAGCUAGCGGCUAGUUAGCAUGGUGGCCGGGACGUUUCAUACGGAACUGUUAACCCAAAGAAAAAGCUUUGCAUGAAUCAUUCAUUCUAAUUUAAUGCUGUUUCCGGGCCACAGUUUGCUCGUAUCAAGGCGGAAAUGUCGGACAAAAAGCGAAGAAGAGACAAGGAGGACAAACGAGAGAGCAAGAGACACAAGGCAUCCAAACAUGAUAUGGAGAAACUCAAGACACACACGAAAAAACUCAACCAAGAAGUCCAAAAACUGAAACACGUCGAGACCUUCUAUGAGAAACCCCCACCAGGAUACAUCAAGGAGCACGAAGAAAAACCCGAGGACUGCAUUCCCGCUGAACCAGGAAAUGAAGAAGCCAGGAGCUUCCUGGCACACGCCCCCACCAGGGGGCUGUGGAUGCCGCUGGGGAAGGAGGUGAAAGUGAUGCAGUGCUGGAGGUGCAAGCGCUACGGUCACAGGACAGGAGAUAGGGAGUGUCCCUUCUUCAUCAAAGGCAACCAGAAACUCGAGCAGUUCAGGGUGGCUCAUGAAGACCCAAUGUAUGACAUCAUUCGGGAGAACAAAAGGAAUGAAAAAGAAACCAGGAUCCAGCAGCUUCAGCAGUUGCUCCAAGACACCACGUCCUCCUCCUCCUCCUCGUCCUCCGACUCGGACAGCUCCUCGUCUUCGUCGUCCUCCUCCGACCACCACCGCAGCAAGAAGAGGAAAAAGAGAAAGGACAGGAAGAAGAAAGACAAGAAGAAGAGAAAAAGGAAGCGAAAACACAAAUCCUCCAAAACAAGUGACUGCACAGAUUCAGAUUGAGGAUUUUUUUUGGAACACGUGAAACUUGAACACUACGUGCUUCAAACGUAGGAAACAGACUGAAUGAAGCAGCAGAAAUUGUAGGUUGUUACACAGUCGUGAACUGUGCAGUGCAUCGGGAAGAAAGUGCACUCUGGAGACCCCCUUAAGCCUUUUCUCUGCAGGUUGAAAACUGUACAUCCACUGCGCAUGACUUCCCCCAGCCGUUUGACUUGCCCCAGGAUGACGACUUGCAUUUACAUCCUCUCUGUUAGAUCAUACAGCACCGAGUCAGAUGGAAUGGCUGCUUAAGUAAGUGUGUGUGUGUAAGUGUGCCUUGGUGCAUAUGUGUAUGUCAAAAAGCAUUUUCUGCAUGGGUAAUGAAUCCAACGUGAUUACGGAGCGAGCCUGCUGGUGUAAGAGAUAAUGUUCUUUCACAGGUUCUAAUAAGAUAGUCUGCCAGCAAAUACAGCGUGUCAUUAAGAGAUUGUAUUUCCCACCAUAUUUUGUUAUUCUUGCCAUUGCGCUGGUAUUAAAAACUUUGAUUGUAGAGUGUGUUAAACGCAAGGAGGUGGAAAAAAAAAAAGAAGGAAAAAAAAGUCCAAAUUAAACGCUGGAACGCAGUUAGAAAAUGUUUUCCACACAAGCACGAAUGUUUAAAUGCUUGUGACUGUACGUAAAUAUUUGGAAUGAUUUGAGGUCGGAAUAUGCUUAUUUGCUCUGUGAAAGCCACAGAGAUGGGGAAAGAAUGUAUUUGAAUAUGUUCCCUUAUUCUGAGAAUAAAGACGGCUAUUUUUCUCCAAAGUUUACCCAACCCAAGGCUGCAAAAACAACGUUAAUCAUUUUGGCCUCGGCUUAAUGUGCGUGACACCGUUUUUCAUGUUGCUGAUGACUUAAUGUUGCGAAGAUACUGCAGAGAAGCUGCACAGAAGUCGGAUCAUUAAAAAGUACGCAGCACAGUACUGCGGUGACCUU